AUGCCCUCGCUGCUCGAAUCCUUCCACCAGGCCCUGGAGAAGAGAGAGGCCAAGUCCUCGCGCCGCAGGCUGACGCUGCCUCCUCCGGGCGCCGUCGAUUUCUCGUCCAACGACUUCUUGUCGCUGUCGACGUCGCCGCUGCUGCGGACGCGGUAUCUCCAGGCUCUCAAUUCGAGAACGACAGACAAUCAGCCGCUCGCCUCCGGCGGCUCGCGGCUUCUCGACGGCAAUUCGGCGUAUGCGGAGGAGCUCGAGCGCUUCAUCGCCGCCUUCCACGAUGCCCCCUGCGGCCUGCUGUUCAACUCGGGCUUCGACGCCAACGUCGGCGUCUUCUCCUGCGUCCCGCAGCCCGGCGAUGUGAUUGUCUACGACGAGAUGAUCCACGCCAGCGUGCACGAGGGCAUGCGGCUGUCGCGGGCAGGCAAGCGGGUGUCGUUCCGGCACAACUCGGCGGCAGCAUUGAGAGAGGUUCUCGCAUCGCAGAUGGCGGAGGACCCGUUGAUUGCGGACGCCAAACGCAAUGUCUUCGUCGCCGUGGAAUCGCUCUACAGCAUGGACGGCGAUACGGCUCCGCUGCGGGAGAUCCUUGACGUUAUUCACAGCCUUCUUCCUCGCGGGAACGGCUAUCUGAUUGUGGACGAGGCCCAUGCGACGGGCGUCUUUGGGCCGCGGGGGGCAGGCAUCGUGCAGGAAUUGGGGGUUCAGAAGCAGGUUUUUAUCAGGACGCACACGUUUGGAAAGGCUCUGGCUAGUCACGGAGCCAUUGUCCUGUGUUGUCCGCUGACUCGGGAAUAUCUGAUCAACUACGCCCGCACCCUCAUCUACACGACGGCGAUGGCAUAUCCGUCGCUCGUGGCCGUUCGCACGUCCUACGAAUUGAUGCAGGAGGGGAAAACGGACUCUCUCCGAGAAAAUCUCCAAUCUCUGAUCGCCUACCUCCGCACGCGCUGCGACGAGCUGCAAGCUGCAAUCGACCCCUCGCUCCUCCAGGUCGACCACCACGACCACUCGCCCAUCUUCUCGCUGCGCACGCCGUCUCCGCGCGACCUGGCCAGCCACUGCCAGCGCCGCGGACUCGUCGUGCGCGCCAUCAUGGCCCCCACGGUGCCGCGGGGGAGGGAGCGGGUGCGCGUGUGUCUGCAUGCGGGCAACACGCAAGCUGAGAUUGACGAGUUGGUGGAUGCGAUUAGGCAGUGGGCGAGGCAGAAGCAGAGUGCUGGGUUGAAUAAGUCGAAAUUGUGA